AUGGCCCAGCAAAAGAAGACAAUCGCCGUCGUCAACGCGACGGGGCGCCAGGCCGCUUCGCUCAUCCGCGUCGCCGCGGCCGUCGGACAUCAUGUGCGCGCGCAGGUCCAUUCACUCAAGGGCCUCAUUGCAGAGGAGCUCCAGGCCAUUCCCAAUGUCACAUUGUUCCAGGGGCCCCUGUUAAAUAAUGUCCCGCUGAUGGACACGCUGUUUGAGGGCGCGCACCUCGCCUUCAUCAAUACCACAUCCCAGGCCGGUGAUGAGAUUGCGAUUGGCAAGGACCUCGCCGACGCCGCCAAGCGCGCCGGUACCAUCCAGCACUACAUCUACAGCAGUAUGCCAGACCACUCGCUCUACGGGCCCUGGCCCGCCGUGCCCAUGUGGGCGCCCAAGUUUACCGUGGAGAACUACGUCCGCCAGCUCGGCCUGCCGUCCACUUUCGUUUAUGCGGGUAUCUACAAUAACAACUUUACAAGCUUGCCAUACCCGCUCUUCCAGAUGGAGCUCAUGCCAGACGGCACUUUCGAGUGGCAUGCACCCUUUGACCCGGACAUCCCGCUGCCUUGGCUAGAUGCAGAGCAUGACGUCGGCCCGGCGCUGCUGCAGAUUUUCAAAGACGGGCCUCAGAAGUGGAACGGUCAUCGGAUUGCGCUCACAUUCGAGACGCUAUCUCCCGUACAAGUAUGCGCGGCCUUUUCGCGCGCUCUCAACCGCCGGGUAACGUACGUCCAGGUCCCCAAGGUCGAGAUCAAAGUCAACAUUCCAGUCGGGUACCGGGAACAGCUUGAGGCCAUCGAGGUGGUCUUCGGUGAGCACAAGGCUCCUUAUUUCCCUCUACCCGAAUUCUCCCGUCCUGCAGCCGGAUCUCCCAAGGGAUUGGGUCCAGCCAACGGCAAGGGCGCCGGGGCGGGAAUGAUGCAGGGUCCCGGAGGGGUAAUCUCACAGCGUGUCACAGACGAGGCCCGGAAGCUGUGGUCGGGCUGGCGAGACAUGGAGGAAUACGCGCGCGAGGUCUUUCCUAUUGAGGAAGAAGCCAACGGGCUGGACUGGAUGCUGUGA